AUGGCUCCCCUUCCUACCACGCGUCGAAAACUUAAGAAAGCUUUCGGAUUCGAAGAUUCGCCGCCAAACGCGCUUGAGGAACAAGUUCAAAGCCAACCUGGUGCUUGCAUCUAUCAUGAACGAGACCCUACAGUGCAGGAGUGGCUACAGAAUUUAUGGCCGUCGUGGCGUGGCGUUGGCCUCUACUUUCUCAGCUUAUUUCCGUUUCUAAACUGGAUUCCUUGCUAUAACUGGCAGUGGCUUAUUGGUGACUUGAUCUCCGGUACCACCGUCGGCGCUGUGGUUAUCCCUCAGAGCAUGGGAUAUGCCAAGCUCGCCGAUUUACCUGUCCAAUAUGGUCUCUACACAUCGUUCAUGGGAGUUUUUGUUUAUUGGUUUUUUGCGACAUCAAAAGAUAUUACCAUUGGCCCAGUGGCCGUGAUGUCGACUCUUGUGGGCACGAUCAUUAUCGAGGUCCAAGCUGACCACCCGGAGAUUCAUGGGGUGGAGAUUGCCCUGGCCAUCGCUAUCAUAUGUGGCGCUAUCGUGACUUUCAUGGGACUAGCCCGCUUAGGCUUCGUCGUCGACUUCAUUCCUUUACCCUCAAUCGUCGCGUUUAUGACUGGGUCAGCUGUCAGCAUCUGCUCGGGUCAGGUCAAACACCUACUGGGUGAACAAGCCGACUUCAAUACCCGAGCCGCAGCCUACAGGGUGAUCAUUGAUACCCUGAAGUAUUUGCCGACAGCCCGGGGUUAUGAUGCCGCAAUGGGUCUUACGGCACUUGCUCUGCUAUACGCUAUCCGCACUGCCUGUAACUAUGCAGCGCGGAAGUAUCCUCAUCGGGCUAAGCUUUUCUUUUUCUUGUCGACGUUACGCACCGCGUUCGUCCUUCUCUUUUAUACCAUGAUUAGCGCAGCCGUCAAUCUGCAUCGGCGUGACAAUCCGGCAUUCACUAUCGUGGGUCAUGUCCCUCGUGGCUUCCAGCAUGCCGGUGCGCCUAAGAUCACUGGUGAUCUUAUAAAGACCUUCGCCCCGAAGCUACCUGCUUGUGUUAUUGUGUUGUUGAUUGAGCAUAUUGCCAUUUCCAAGUCUUUUGGCCGUGUGAAUCACUAUACAAUCGAUCCAUCUCAAGAGCUAAUCGCUAUUGGCGUUACCAACCUUUUAGGGCCUUUUGUUGGAGCCUAUCCGGCUACAGGCUCUUUCUCCCGUACGGCCAUCAAGUCAAAAUCUGGCGUGAGGACUCCUUUCGCUGGCGUGAUAACGGCGGUUAUUGUGCUCGUCGCGCUAUAUGCCUUAACAGCGGUAUUCUUUUAUAUUCCUAAAUCAUCUUUAUCGGGAGUGAUCAUUCAUGCUGUGGGCGAUCUCAUUACGGCGCCGAAUACUCCUUAUCGAUUUUGGAUCGUUUCGCCCCUGGACUUCGUGAUAUUCGCUAUUGGUCUGCUCGUGACGAUAUUCAAUAGCAUUCCCAAUGGCAUCUACGUGACGAUUUGCCUGUCAAUUGCCGUGCUACUGUUCCGGCACGCUAAAGCCCGUGGUCACUUUCUGGGCUACACGACAAUAUCUCACUCUGGAGGCCCACGCGAGUUAUACUUUCCUUUGGAUCAUUCACACGGCUCUGACACGGCUCUUGUUUUACAACAGCCCCGUCCGGGUGUAUUUGUCUACCGCUUCGAUGAAGGUUUCAAUUACCCCAAUGCGAACCAUUACACGGACGAUCUGGUGAAAGCGAUUUUCCGCCAUACCCGUUCAACUCGCACCAAUGUGUACGCCACUCGUGGCGAUCGUCCAUGGAAUGAUCCGGGCCCACGGAGAGGUCAAAAAGAGCCUGAUUUGUCCCAUUUGCCUCCCCUCCACGCCAUUGUUCUGGAUUUCGCAGCCGUCAAUCAAGUUGACGUGACUUGCAUACAGAACCUUGUGGAUGUACGAAAUCAAUUAGACCGGUAUACGGCUCCAUCGACGGUACAAUGGCAUUUUGCGAAUGUCAAAAGUCGAUGGACUAAGCGCGCUCUUGCCUCUGUUGGAUUCGGGUAUCCACAAAAGCUGGGCCCUUCUCCGUCAAUACCAGUGGAAAAUAUUGGCAAUGAGUCGAGCGUGGGGUCGUCUUCCCCUGAUGACAUUGAGACUGGCACAAAGAGAGCACAAGAUGAAUCUUUUUACUCAGAGCAAAAGACGAGUGAUCCUCAGAUCCGUGGCGUACAAAAUGGCGGGCUAAAAUCCAGUCGGCCUUUCUUCCAUGCUGAUUUGACGAGUGCUUUGUGCAGCAUUGAUGCAAUCCUGGACGCUGGCGAUGAGGAGAAAGCAGCCGUUUAA